AUGCARCUUAAUUUAAAAGUUUCGGAUAUAGUUGUUGAUGGUUUAUGGCUUUGGCCYCCAGAAAUAUGGUGCAAGUAUGGUUAUGUUCUGCAACAAUAUAUGCCGUGUCUUACUGCUGAUAGAUGUGAUAAAGUUAGAUGGAAAAGCACGGGAGGCUCUAUUAUUGAUUUUUCUGUUGGUGCCGUUUGGAAUGAUAUGUACAUGCAUUCUGAGUUAGUCCCCUGGUCCAAGUUGGUUUGGUUCAGUCAAGGAGUUCCUAGACACGCUUUCGUCUUGUGGCUAGCAAUUAAAGAAAAACUGAGAACUAUGGAUAGACUUGCCUACUGGAAUAUGGUUGAUGAUAGUAUAUGUGUUCUAUGCCAUGAUGGAAUAGAAUCUCAUAACCAUUUGUUUGUUGAUUGUAUGUAUACUAUGGAGGUUUGGAGAUGUCUUGAGGGAUUCUCUGGUGUGUAUGGCAAAAUUCAGGUGUUAAAGGGUACUCCUAAUUCUUGGUCUGAGCUGGUUCUUUGGCUAUCUAGUAGUCCUAUAAACAAUUCUAUUUGGAGUAUUAUUCAUAGGCUUCUUCUAGCUAUUGUGAUUUACUUCAUUUGGCAAGAAAGGAACAAUAGACUCCAUUCGGACAAUUGCAGAUCGGUUGAACAAUUGUCUAAACAAAUAUGUGAGUUGAUAAAAAUGAAGCUUAUGGGUCUGAAUGUGAAGAGCAAUGAGAAUGUUAAAAGGGCUGCUGUGGUUUGGGGUCUUGGUUUUGAAAAUGGUGAGUUUACCUGCAAUUCGAAUUUCAAUGAUCAAAACUGA